AUGGCCUCCUUGGUGGAUUCCUUUUUGGACGACCUCGAUGACCUCGAGCGCGAGGAGGAGGCGACGGCCGACGUCGAUCCUUCUAGCGGCGGCGCCGAGCCGAAGUUCUGCGAAUCGGAUGAUGAUGCGCCUAUCAUCGACGCAAUAGAGGAGUACUUCAGCGCCGAAGGUUCAGCCGGCGGCUCGUACUCAGCUAAAGUAAAGGACCCGGUUCUGAACGGAUUGGUUGAGCGUGUCAAAAUGCUAACUCUAGAGACUGUGAUUGAUCCCGGUGAACUAUCGCUGAUCGAGGAGUGUAACAAGGCGGUGCUCGAAAUAGACAACGAGAUCAUCAACAUCUACAACUACGUACGCGACAUAUACUCCAAGCGCUUCCCAAAGCUGGAAUCCAUCGUUUAUUCGCCUCUGGACUACAUUUCAGUGGUCGUGCUGUCGGACUUGCUGCCAAACACCAUGAUCAUGGCUAUCACGGUGGCUGCCACCACAUCUGCUGGGUCUUUGCUAUCCAAUCACGUGCUCAAAGAGGUGCUGAUAGCGUGCAAUGAGGGACUACUGCUGGCGGAGUUCCGCAACGAUAUCCUGGUGUAUCUGGAGAGUCGUAUGAUGCUGCUGGCACCCAAUGUGAGCGCGAUCAUCGGAAGUGCGCUGGCCGCUCGCCUGAUCACGCAGGCCGGUGGUUUGACCACCUUGGCGAAGAUGCCGUCGCAAAAUAUCAUGCUGGUGGGGGGCAGUCGCAAGGGGGUUGUGAUUCCUGGGGUAAUCCAUUCGUGCGAAAUCAUCCAGAACGCCGAACCCUCCACCCGUCACCGUGCCGUAAAACUGGUGUCCGGCAAGCUGUCUCUGGCUGCGAAAAUCGACAUGUUCAAGGAAUCGAGAGACGGCUCCAUGGGCGCAAACUAUCGCAAUAUGAUCAUUCAGGCGCUGCAAAAGGCUCAGGAGCCGCCGCCAGCGCCUACCAAGAAAUCGCUACCGGUGCCCGACGAACGGAAGUCCACCAAGCGCGGUGGCCGCCGUUUACGCAAGGCUAAGGAGCGCCUUGCUACCAGCGAGUUCCGGAAGUACGCCAACCGCCUCAAGUUUGGCGAGGAAGCGGAGGAUGAAUAUGGCCUCGAGUCCGGCGCUGGUCUGGGCAUGAUCGGAAAAUACACCGGAUACGGGAAGCUGAGGCUACAGCACAAGCAGACGAAGGUGCAGCUACCGAAAAAGCGCCAGGUGGCCAUGCAGAGCAGCGGCGCGACCAACGGAAUGUCAUCGUCCUUGGUCUUCACCCCGCUACAGGGAAUCGAGUUGUGCAACCCCGACGCGGCGAAACCGGCUGUAAAGAAGCAGAACUCGAUCCUGGACAACACCAGCGGGUUCUUCAAGGUCGGGAAGCGCUAA